AUGUCUACAAAGCACUUUGUCAAUGAUCCCACACACCUCGUCAACACCGCCCUACACAGCCUGACCCUCACAAAUCCCAACGUCGCCCUCGACGCAGAGAACAAAAUCAUCUAUCGCCGACCGUCCAAUGCUCCCCAGCAGGUCUCUGUCAUCUCGGGCGGAGGGUCUGGCCAUGAGCCGUCCUUCGCCGCCAUGGUAGGCCCAGGCAUGCUUUCUGCCGCGGUGGCGGGAACCAUCUUUGCCAGCCCUUCUGCCGAGCAGGUCAGAACCGGAAUCCUGUCGAGGGUAGAUACCGACAAGGGCGUGCUGGUCGUGGUGAUGAACUACACGGGCGACAUUCUCAACUUUGGCAUGGCCGUGGAAAAGGCCAUUGCGGCCGGCCAGGCCGUCGAGAUGGUUGUCGUGGGCGACGAUGUCGGCGUUGGGAGGAGGAAGACGGGCAAGGUUGGACGGCGAGGCAUUGCCGGCACUGUGCUGGUGCUGAAGAUUGCUGGCGCGCUCGCGGCUCAGGGACGGUCAUUGGAAGAGGUGGCCAAAGUAGCCCGGCUGACUGCGGCCAACAUCGUCAGCGUUGGUGCCAGCUUGGAGCAUGUCCAUGUUCCAGGACGGGUUGUUGAUACCAGCGAAGGUCUCGGGCCCAAGGAAGUCGAGGUAGGCAUGGGCAUCCACAACGAGCCGGGCUCGAGCAGAGAAGAGAUGGAACUGCCUCAGCUGGUGGAGAGGAUGCUUGCUCAGCUGCUCGAUCAGAGUGACAAAGACAGAGCUUUCCUCAAUGUCAAUUCGAACGAGGUUGUCCUGCUCAUCAACAACCUUGGAGGCGUUAGCGUCCUGGAGCUGGGCGGCGUCACUACUGAAGUGGCAAAGCAGCUGAACGACAAGUACAACAUUCGACCAGUCCGCAUCAUCAGCGGCACAUUCAUGACGAGCUUGAACGGCCAGGGCUUCAGCAUCACCCUCCUCAACGUUGUCAACACUGACAUUGGAGGGCCGAGCAUGAUUGAGCUACUGGAUGCCCCGAGCGAGGUCACCGGCUGGUCUGCUCCGAUACAAAAGACAACGUGGGAGGAGAAGAACACGGCCACAAGGACCGACACUGCUGGUGCAGAUCGAAAUGUUCAGCCUAGCGGGCUGCAGAUGGAUCCCAAGCACGCCACAUCGGUCCUUACCAAUGCAUUGGAGCGCGUGGUAGCGGCCGAGCCCGAGGUCACCAAGUACGAUACCAUUGUUGGAGACGGAGACUGUGGCAUUGGUCUCAAGAGAGGAGCCGAAGCCAUUUUAAAGCACAUACAGCAGAAUCCCUUGACGGGCGAUGUUGUCGUGGACGUAUCUUCCAUCGUGCAGGUGGUGGAAACGGCCAUGGACGGAACCUCCGGCGCGCUCUAUGCAAUCUUCCUCAACGCGCUCGUUCACGCCCUCCGCACCUUGGGGUCUGGAGAGGCUGGUGCCUCGGUAUGGUCUGCGGCUCUCAAACUAAGCUGCGAGGCGUUGUCCAAGUAUACCCCUGCUCAACCUGGAGAUCGCACAGUCGUGGAUGCGCUCUACCCUUUUGUUGAAAUCCUGGGGCAGACCGGCGAUGUGAAGAAGGCUGCGGAUGCAGCGAAGAAGGCGGCUGACGAGACCAAGGGCAUGCAAGCCAGUCUUGGCCGGUCAGUAUACGUGGGUGGCAGUGGAUACGAAGAAGUGCCCGAUCCUGGGGCUUGGGGACUGGCAUGCUUCUUUUUGGGAUUGGGCGGCAUCAAGCCAACUGAGGAAGGCUGGGAAUCUAUUUGA